AUGGCCAGCUCUCCAGCAGCCAUCACGCACUGGGCUAAGCCGCUGCGGGUCAAGUAUGGCUCCGUGGAGAUAGACGAGCUGGGCAAGGUGCUCACGCCCACUCAGGUCCAGCAUCGCCCCACCAGCAUUGAGUGGGAUGGCUGCGAUCCCCAGAAGCUUUACACCCUGGUUCUCACAGACCCAGAUGCUCCCAGUAGGAAGGACCCAAAGUUCAGGGAGUGGCAUCACUUCCUGGUGACCAACAUGAAAGGCAACAAUGUGGGGAGCGGGACUGUGCUGUCAGAUUACGUCGGCUCCGGACCUCCCAAAGGAACAGGGCUGCACCGCUAUGUGUGGCUGGUGUAUGAGCAGCCGAAGCAGCUGACCUGCAACGAGCCCAUCCUCUCUAACCGCUCUGGUGACAAACGAGGGAAGUUCAAGGUGACUUCUUUCCGCAGCAAGUAUGAGCUGGGGGUGCCGGUGGCUGGCACUUGCUACCAGGCGGAGUGGGACGACUAUGUGCCGAAGCUCUAUGAGCAGCUGUCGGGGAAGUAGGGUGAGGGGACCUGAAGAAGCACUGUGCAGCACCUCCUGCGUGCCUGGAGACCAGGCUGGUCAGAGCAUGUCGCUGUAGUUUUGUUUGAUUAGUGAGUUGAACCCAAUUGUUCCCGCACUGACCGCUGGAACUGUAACCCUGUCGCUGUCCCUGGCCUGAACCUGCUGCUGUGUCGGUGUGGUCCUGACCUGUGCUGUGCUUCGGCUGACUCCCGUAGGUACAGGCGAUCGCUAGCUAGAUGAGCUUCUGACAAGGUGUCCUUGUGAGGGCCACCCCCUCCGGGCUGACCUGCUUAAGGGAAACCAAAGCCUUUGCGAAUUAGUGUCACUUCAGAGUGUCUCUGCUGUGCUGAAAUGGUAUUAUGUGGCAGUGGUGUCGGUACAGAACCACUUCUGGGUUGGUGCUGGCUGUGUAGUCUCCCCUUUCCAGGAGAGGAGAGGGCAGUCUAAGGGAAACUCCCCUUUCUUUUUAUUUUUACCCUCAAGUAUUUGGCCAGCGCCUCCACUUCAGUGACGUGAACCACUAAAGUAGCGAAGGGAUAGCUGGUAGGAGGCAGGGAAGCUGGUUUAUAGCACUACCUUCUGUUCUCUGUUGCCACGCAAAGCUGAGAGACCACUUCAUUUUGUUCAAGUUCUGUUGUGACCUGAUGUUAAUGUGCUGUUUGCUCACAGUGCCAUUAAAAACUUAACCAAGGU